GCCUCCCCCAACAGAGCGGCACACACCGGUGUAUUAAUGGAGCGCACCCACAUCCAAUUGGCGACGAUCCGUGUGACGUUUACGGAUGUAGACAGAGCAGAGUGAGUCGUCCUACCCCCCAUGGUCCUAUCGCUGAAACACAACACAAGCUUUACAGGGAAGGAAGUAAAGAUGAGGGUUUCCACCAGUCAACUGCAGCAGCUCGCCAUCUUCACCACCCUGCUGACCGGGGGUGGGAUCGGCACCAUGUACUAUCUGCUGCAGAAGAAAUUUUCUGCGUCAGACUACCACAGACUGGCUCUGCAGAAGUUGGAAGCAUGUCCAGUUGCCAUGGAAAGCCUGGGGGCUCCGCCUUUAAAAGUCUACAACAUCCAUCUGACAGACAGAAAGAACCGCAUCGAUCAGUCUACAGCACAGAUAAAGAUCCCUGUGACUGGGUCAGAAACUGGAGGUUAUCUGUAUACUUCUUCAAUCAGAGACCCUGAUACCAACAGGUGGAGUCUGAAACUGGCAGUGCUGCAGCUCAGGGAAGGACGGACCAUCGACCUGCUGAAUCCUCCGUCACCACCCGGAGCACCAACCCAGGCAACAGAGUACACAGAGGGGCUGGACACAGGCCUCUGGCACUGAUCACCUCCAUGUAGCCUUCUGAUGAGAACAAUGAAAGUGGAAGUUGUGCUGCUCCAACAGCUGUUGAGUAGACGUCUAAUUAAGCAAAAUAAUAUGGAGCUACGUUUAUUUACCAAGCGGCAAAUCCUCAACUCCAGCACAGACAGUGUGUCUCAAAGGUUUGGUUUUGAUUAAAUAAUGUGAUGGAGGCAUGUUGUUGCACUGACUGUUGUGUUGCUCUGUUAAGUCAUUGCUAGACUUUUCUUUUUUAAUUAAUUUCCUUUCAGAUUGUGAUGUGCCAUGGGUCCACACAUGCAAGAGAAGGGAUCUCAUUUAUAAAACAGUGCGUGGAUCCACACUAAAUGUUUGUGUACGUACAAAUGAAUAAAUGAAUGAAUGAAU